GCCGGUCUGUCGUUACUUCUUCUGCGGAGGAAACAGUGUAGUGUGACGUCGCAUCAUGUCUGGAAGAGGAAAAGGUGCCGGUAAGGUUCGAUCCAAGGCCAAGAGCCGCUCGUCCCGGGCCGGGCUGCAGUUCCCAGUCGGCCGCGUCCACAGGCUGCUCAGGAAGGGGAACUACGCUCAGCGUGUCGGGGCCGGAGCUCCGGUCUACCUGGCGGCGGUGCUGGAGUACCUGACCGCCGAGAUCCUGGAGUUGGCCGGAAACGCCGCCCGCGACAACAAGAAGACCAGAAUCAUCCCCCGACACCUGCAGCUCGCCGUCCGCAACGACGAGGAGCUCAACAAGCUGCUCGGAGGAGUCACCAUCGCUCAGGGCGGCGUGCUGCCCAACAUCCAGGCCGUCCUGCUGCCCAAGAAGACCGAGAAGGCUGCCAAGAAGUGAACACCCCGAACCGAACCGAACCUCCACAAACGGCUCUUUUCAGAGCCACUCACUCCUCUGAAGAGCCCAGGCCUCAAACAUUAAUGGCUCCUCACGCAAAUAUAGUUACACAAAUUUGAUCAGGUGUGUGUCUCUGCAGACAGGUUUGACUGUGAAUUAUAUUACAAUGUUGCUGCAACAUGUAAGAAUUAAAGCGUAUGUCAUUCAUGUACAACUAAA